CCGGGUGCCCGCCGCGGAGCUGGGCGCUCUCUGUGUACGAUAGCUUCCGGGAAGAUCUGGAAGAGAGGAGGUUUCGGAGGGCACGCUGUUGGGGGUCUCCCUCCAGCCCGGGUGCUGGCGACUUGACGGGGCCCAGGGUGGAGACAGCUUCACUGCACCUAAUCUCUUUCUUUCCUUCGAGUCCUUGUGAAGACUUGGUUGUCUCCACCCCAGAAGCACCUACAAGGACUUGUGAAGCCAGACGAUGCCCAUUGACCUGGGGCAGGCCCUAAGCCUGCUGCCCUCCUUGGCCAAGAAUGAGGUCUCCACCUUCUGUGGAUCAGAUGCUGCCCCUCAAGAGGAGCUUUCCAGCCCCGAGACUGCACGCCAGCUUUUCAGGCAGUUUCGUUAUCAGGUGAUGUCUGGGCCCCACGAGACUCUGAGACAACUUCGAAAACUCUGUUUUCAAUGGCUGCAGCCAGAGGUUCACACCAAGGAGCAGAUCCUAGAGAUCCUCAUGUUGGAGCAGUUUCUGACCAUCCUUCCAGGGGAGAUCCAGAUGUGGGUGCGGAAGCAGCAUCCAGGAAGUGGAGAAGAGGCAGUGACCCUUGUGGAGAGCUUACAGGGAGACCCUCGGAGACUGUGGGAGUGGAUCAGUAUCCAAGUUCUAGGACAGGAGAUCUUAUCAGAGAAGAACGAAUCUCCAAGCUCCCCCGUGGGUGAAGGGGAGCCCCAUCCGGAAGGGGCACCCCUGGAGGUGGACCUGCAGCAUUCUCCUUCCAGGUCUCCGGAGUUGCUGAGCCACAUUGUCAAAGAGGAAUCUGACACGGAACCAGAACUAGCUCCGGCUGCAUCCCAGAUUGCUGCCCAGCAUGAGGAGAGGGGCAUCAGAGAUCAGGGCCUGGGAGCCGCCCUUCUCUCUGUAACUCCCCAGGAGCAGUGGCGACACCUGGAUUCCACUCAGAAGGAGCAAUACUGGGAUCUCAUGCUGGAGACUUACGGCAAAAUGGUCUCACGAGCAGGAAUUUCAAACUCUAAACCCAGCCUGACUAACUCAGCAGAGUACGGGGAAGAGCCGGCAGGGCUGCACCUUCAUGUCAGUGAGAAGAUCCCAAGACUCAGUUGUGUAGGAGAUAGACAGGAGAACGACAAAGAGAACCUAAAUGUGGAAAACCACAGGGACCAGGAACCUCUGGACGCUUCCUGUCAGGUCCCAGGUGAGGCUCCCGCCCAGGCAUCUCUGAGGGGCUUCUUCACGGAGGAUGGGCCGGGGUGCUUUGGAGGAGGAGUGAAUCUGCCCGAGACUCUGGAAACCCCGCGUGGGGAAGGGGCAGCAGGACGGCUGUCUGCUCACGAGAGGAGUUCUGGGAAGCAGCCGGGGCCGUGUGUGCCUAGUGCCCCUCCUGGAGAGCUGUCUGCCGUGUGGCUGGAGGAGAAGAGAGAGGCUUCUCAGAAGGGACAGCCGCGAGCCCCGAUGGCCCAGAAGUUCCCCACCUGCAGGGAGUGCGGGAAAACCUUCUACAGGGUCUCACAACUCGUCUUUCACCAAAGAACUCACACCGGAGAGACGUACUUCCAGUGCUCCAUCUGCAAGAAGGCCUUUCUGCGGAGUUCGGACUUCGUGAAGCAUCAGAGAACUCACACGGGAGAGAAGCCCUGUAAGUGUGAUUACUGCGGGAAAGGCUUCAGCGACUUCUCAGGAUUGCGCCACCACGAGAAAAUCCACACCGGAGAGAAACCCUACAAAUGUCCCACCUGCGAGAAAAGCUUUAUUCAGAGGUCGAACUUCAACAGACAUCAGCGGGUCCACACGGGAGAGAAACCCUAUAAGUGUUCUCACUGUGGCAAGAGUUUCAGCUGGAGCUCGAGCCUUGACAAACACCAGAAGUCUCACUUAGGCAAGAAGCCCCUCCAGUAGCCACCCUCUCCCAGCUGUUUCCUGUCUCUCCGUGCAUUCAGAAAUGCUCGGCUCUACCCGGACAGUACAUUCCUAAGAGGAAAUUCUGUUCUGGGUUUUCAUGAUGUGGAGGGAAGAGCACCUGGGCCCACGUUUGAACUUGGAAGCUCCAUCAGCCUCUGGAUUGGAUUCGAUAAUGGCCUAGUUUCUUGCUUCUGUAUCAGAAGAAAGAAUAGUCUUUAUGUUUCAGCCCAUGCCUUCUUUUGGACUCACUGGGGGAAAAGUCACUGAGAGAUAGUUUUAGAGGUGCCUUCUGGGAGAGCGUGGCUGGAGUGCCUGCAGUCAGUGCUCAAGGAGGAGCCUUAGACCGGCCCUUUGGCCUGGGCUUCUAGGUAGGCCUGCAGUGACAAAAGAGGAGGCGGAGAGGCCCCGCGAGCCCACGUGUGUUCCUCCUCACACAGGUGAACCAGUAACUCCGAGCGUCCCUUGUCUGAAAUAAAUGUACUGCAUUCA